AUGCAAUUAGGACUCUCAGAAAACCUCUCCGCGCUGGUUGGGCGGCGGUUCACUGCCGCUAAAGAAGGCGGCCACCUUAUUUUUUCGUCUACAUACCUGUCAAUCAUCACCGCAGCAGGGAUACCAGUAUGUUGUCAAGCUUCCCCGUCCUACCCCGAGCUCCCCAAUCGCCACAAUACGCUGUCUAAUAUGGCCAAUAUACAGUACCAACUUCGCUACUGUCCCGCUCUCGCGCGAAAGCCCUCAAAUCUCAAACCAAAUGCCUCCUCCGACCCCGACCCCCCGAAACCAGACCCCUUCGAGACUCCGUCCCCAGACCUGCUUCUGGCAAGCUUCCCCCCGCAAAACCCAACUCACGCCCUGGUUCUCAACAAAUUCCCCGUGAUACCCAACCACUUCAUCCUCGCCACGAAAUCCUGGAAAGCCCAAACAGACCUCCUCGAGCCCGUUGACCUCGACUCCACGUACGCAUGCCUGCGCGCCUGGGACACCUCCAGCUCCGGCUCUAAUGCCGGCCACACAAGUCCAAGCCUAAGCUCGAACCGCCUCUUCGCCUUCUUCAACUCCGGCGAUGACAGUGGCGCCAGCCAGCCGCACCGUCACCUUCAAUUUCUCCCCGUCGAAGCCAUGCACCAACCCGGCACAGACUCCUGGGCCCCGCUCAUCGACCUCGUCACCGCGCAACCGCACAACCCCUCAUCCUUCCAAAGCCAUCCAGCCCUCCCAUUCGCGCAUUUUGCGCUCCCACUCCCGCUCAACCCGACUCCGGAGGCCCUGCACGAGGUAUACAUCAAGCUCUACCGUGCGGCUGUCGCGGCGUCGCAGGGCCGAGACCUGCUGGAUAGCGCUGCGCUGCGGACGGACGGGCCUGCCGCUAUUAGCUAUAACCUUGCCAUGACACUAUCGACGAUGAUGAUUGCGCCGCGGCGCGCGGAGACGGCGCGGGUUCCAGUUGAUGUUGCGGCUGCAGGAGAUGUUGCUGAUCCUGGGGUUGUGUCGCUGAACGGGACCAUUCUGGCGGGGACGCUGAUGGUUAAGGCGGAAGCGGAGUGGGAUGUGCUGAGAGCGGAGCCGGAAAUUUUGGGGAGGAUGUUGAGGGAUGUAGGUUUGCCGGGGAUAGGCCAUAAGCUGUAG